CAUUCUGUCACACCAUAUCUAUCAGAUGCCCAGAUAAAGAACUCAACCUGCAAAGAAUUACAUCCUUCCUCUGAGCGCUGAACUACGUUUCCCAGGGGCCAUCGCGUCCAAAGCUACUUCCGGUGAAAGGUCGCGUUGGUUUAUUGUCCAGGUUUCCAGACUGGAGCAUCCAUUUGUGGGGAAGCAGCGUGGAGGCCUGGGUUGAGUCUUGCAUCCUAAACGCGGCCUGGAACUAAUAGAAGCUCCUGGCCACGGAUGUAAACAACUGUGAAGGCGAUGGUUUUUGCCCAGGGAAAGGAUGUGGGUCCGGGGCCAAGGCCUGUGAAUUGAGAUCGUGAGAUCUCUGAAAGGCUGUCCAUGCUCUGACUGCAUUUUCCAAUGUCCAUCAUAGCCGAAGCAGCUUUCUGUCCGCACACUGGCCCUUUCAGGACCAUAGGAAGGCUUGCGCCCGAGUCCCUGCGGAACAUUUUUGAAGGGACCGCAGGGUCAGCUCUGCUUUCUCAAGACUGUGCUUCACCAAGAGAGGAAUCUAGAAGACUGAGUCUUAGAAUUUUAAGUCAUGGCCCAUCAGUUGAUGAUGUUCAGGGAUAUAGCUGUAGACUUCUCUCAAGAGGAGUGGGAGUGCCUGGACUUGGAACAGAGACAUUUGUACAGAGAUGUGAUGUUGGAGAACUACAGCAACAUGAUCUCACUGGGACUUUGCAUUUAUCAGCCAGAUGUGUUCUGUUUACUGGAGAAGGGAAAAGAGCCCUGGAUAUUUUUACAGGAUGAGACAAGAGGACAUUGCCCAGACAUGCCGUUCAGAUGUCAAACCAAGGAGUUAUCACAAAAAAGUGUUACUUUUGAGAGAGAAUUAUCUCAAUUGGAAAUCUGUAAAAAACACAACCUUGAAUAUUCAUGUUUUAGGGCUGAUUGGGAAAGCAAAGGUCAGUUUGAAACACAACAGGAAAAUCAGGAAGAAUGUUUAAAGCAAGUUAUACUCAUCGAUGAAAAAAUGUCCACUUUUAACCAUCACACAGCUCACAGACAUGAUACAGGAAAGAAACUGAAUGAAUUUAAAGAGAGUGCGAAAGCCUUUUGUUCUGGCUCGGACUGUGAUCAACAUCAAUUAAUUCACACUGGUGAGAGAUUUUGUGAAGAUAAAGAAUAUGAGAAGACCUUUCUUUCUGAUUCAGAACUUACUCAAUAUCAGACAGUACACUCUGCCAAGAAAACAUAUGAAUGUAAAGAAUGUGGGAAGGCUUUUAGUUUGCGUUCAAGUCUUACUGGUCACAGGAGGAUUCAUACUGGUGAAAAACCUUUUAAAUGUAAGGAAUGUGGGAAGUCCUUUAGAUUUCACUCACAACUUAGUGUUCAUAAGCGUAUUCAUACUGGUGAGAAAUCUUAUGAAUGUAAACAAUGUGGGAAAGCCUUUAGUUGUGGCUCAGAUCUUACACGACAUCAGAGAAUUCAUACCGGUGAAAAACCUUAUGAAUGUAAUGAAUGUAGAAAGGCCUUUAGUCAGCGAUCACAUCUUACUAAACAUCAGAGAAUUCACACUGGUGAAAAACCUUAUGAAUGUAAGCAGUGUGGAAAAGCGUUUACUCGUGGUUCACACCUAACUCAACAUCAGAGAACUCAUACUAGUGAGAAAUCUCAUGAAUGUAAGGAAUGUGGAAAAGCCUUUAUUCGUGGUUCAAAUCUUGCUCAACAUCAGAAUGUUCAUGUUGGUAGGAAACCCUAUGAAUGUGAGAAAUGUGGAAAAGCCUAUAUCUGGAGUUCGCACCUUGCUAGACAUCAACGAAUUCAUAAUGGUAGGAAACCUUAUGAAUGUAAGCAAUGUGGGAAGACAUUUAUUUGGGCCUCCUAUCUUGCUCAACAUGAGAAAAUUCAUAAUGAGAGGAAACUCUAUGAAUGUAAGGAAUGUAGAAAGACCUUUCGUCAUGGCUCAGAGUUUAAUCGGCAUCAAAAAAUUCAUACUGGUGAAAGAAACUAUGAAUGUAAGCAAUGUGGAAAGACCUUUUUUCGUGGUUCAGAACUUAAUCGACAUCAGAAAAUCCACACUGGAAAGAGACCAUAUGAAUGUGAAGAAUGUGGAAAAGCCUUUCUCUGGGGUUCACAACUUACUCGACAUCAGAGAAUACAUACUGACUUCUGUGUUGAGUUUAGUAUCAGUGUGCAUAUCUGGUGCUCUUGUCUCCUUCAUUGUGAAUUCCUGGAUCUCCUUGAAUGCCUGAGGUACGUGUUUCUUGAACCCCUUUCCAUUGGUAUGUUUGUGAAUUUUGAUAAUGUCUUCUCUAGUCUACCAUAGAGAUAACAAAUUCUUUAGUCAUUCCCUAACCACCUUUCUUUGCAGGAACCAUUCUGCUAGAUUCAUUUUGGGAAAGAAUUUUUUAAUCAUUAGUAUUAGCACAAUUGGAUGAAAUUUAUGAAAAAAAAAAUCAGUUUCCUCUCUGACAGUGUAAAGUAGGAUGAAUUCCCAAUAAAUCCAGAUAUCUAAAUGUAAAAACUAAAAAUAAAACAGAAAGAAACUUUACAAAUACUACAUGGGUGAAUGGGUGAAUUUCUUUAUAACCCUGGAAUGGAGAUAUUAAGAAGUAUGACUCAAAAAUCCAAGUAGAAAUAAAGAAAAAAGUAAAUAAUUUUUAUAGGACUCCAUGUUAAAGAUAAAGGACAAUGAAAAAUUGGAGAUAUUUGCAAGUAUAUCACAGACUAAUAUCCUUAAAGAUUCUAAAAUUUGAGAUGAGAAUGCAAGUUACACUACAUUGAGAUACCACUUCAUCCCUACCAGAUGCACAGAAAUCCUAAAGGGUAUUAAUAUGCUCUAUUGUCAAGACUGAAAAAAUAAGAACUCUGAAAUUGCUGAUGAAAAUGAAGAAAUAUAGUACAGUCCAUAUAGGAGGGAAUUAAGCAAUGUCCAGGUGUAGUCUCAUGCAUUUACCAUAAGACCAGCACCCUUAUUUCUAUCCCAAAGAUACACUCAUAAAAUUACAAAAUAUGGUAUACACUAAGGAAUUUUUUAAAAACAUGAUUUGUAAAUGCAGCAAAUUGGAAACAACCUAGAUGUCCAGCAAUAGACUGGGUGAAUUAACUAUCAUAUGAAUGUACAGUGGAGUAUUGUGCAUCUGUGUUUUUCUAGGGAGUGAUCUUCAGAGUAUCUUAAAUGAAAAAGAGGUAAGUGCAGAAUAUGUUUAUUAUACUAAUAUUUGUGAAAGAAGAGGGGGAUACUAUAUAUACCUGUACUUUAAAAAAAUCUCGGGGUGCCUGGGUGGCUCAGUAGAUUAAGUGUCUGACUUCAGCUCAGGUCAUGAUCUCAUGGUUCAUGAGUUUGAGCCCCACAUCAGACUCUGUGCUGACAGCUCAGAGCCUGGAGCCUGCUUCAGAUUCUGUGUCUCCCUCUCUCUUUGCCCCUCCCCUGUUCACAGUCUGUCUCUGUCUCUCAAAAAUAAAUAAACAUUGAGAAAAAAAAAAAGGAAUCUCAAGAUGAAACAACAGGGGAGGGCAAGGAUGAAAGGUUUAUCUUUGGUUAUACCUUGUUUUUUGUUUUGACUUUGGAUCCAUGUAGAUAUUUUACAUAUCAGCUUUUAUUUUAAAAAUUAAGUCAAAAAGGAAAAUAAACCUGUAUCAAAACCAGUGGAUUUGAUUCUACAUCAUGUUCUGGUAUAACAACAUAAAGAAUAAUAAUUUCAAACGGUGUUAAAAUAUUUUGACUUACCAUUAGGAGAAUAUCUCAAAGAUAUUCUGUAUCUCAAGCACAAAGAGAAAUAUAAAGAAAUCUAAACUGCCUUUAUUAGUCUUUUGUUAGUGGUAAUAUUGGUAUUAUUUUUCUACCUAAGGGGUUUAUUUAUUUUUUUAAGUAGGCUCUAUGCCCUAUGUGGGGCUUGAACUCAUGAUCCUGAGAUUGAGAGUUGCAUGCUCUACCAACUUAGUCAGCCAGGCACCCCUACUAAGGGGUUUAAAAACAUUAGUGACCUAGAAGCUAUGAGUUGCCCAUGUAUCCAGACUGUAGUUUUCAAAUUCCAUUUUCUAUAAAAAGAAAAAGUUCUCCUUAGAGAAAUGGCAUAAGACAGGUCAACAGUAGAAAAUGUAUAUAUAAUUAUCAUAAAAUGUCUUAUUGUACCUAAAAGCAAUAAAGCUAUCAAAGACUACAGGAUCAUUAACCUAAAGGAACUGACCAAAGAUAGGAUCAGUUAAGCAUCAGAAACUAUUGCAAUGGGUUGAAACUGUGUAGGUAAAACUGCCUAAAUUCAAAAUGAAAAAAAAAAAGGGCGGGGGGGGGGCUUUAUGGAGUUUGCCAGAGUACUAGCAUAUUCUGAAAUUUUGGUAAGGAACAGAACAGAAUUUUGGUAAGGAACCAAAUUUCUUUUGGUAAGGAACAGAACCAAGUAUUUAUCAUGAUUUUUCUGUACAAGCUGUAAUCAAAUAGUUGGCAAGAGGAGGUUCAGAAAUGACAGACUUAGAAAGUUACAUUUGGCAUCAUUUAAUAAAAUAAUGGAAUUGGCAACAAUUCAUAAUAAAUGGGUUAUUGGGAAUUUCAGAAGAUAACAAUAAGGUUGACAACACUUUAGUUGGCCAAUCUUAACACUAAAUUGGAACACCAUGGUAUUAAUAUGCCUCGUGUGAUGCCAUAGGAAGUAGGAAGUACUACCUAAGUUAUAUUUCCCAACACUGAAUCUUAAUCUAAUUUAACCUCCAGAUCUAAUUACCAAUUUAUAGGAAAUAAAAUGAAUUUAAAAACUUGUGAGUGGUAUAUGAAGGUCACAAAUUGGCCAAAUCAGAAUGUGGAAAAUUCUAUGGGACAAAUUGCCAAGUUUCUUCAGUAAAUGAGUGGCAUGGUAAGGAGGGAGAAAAAUGAACUGCCUUAGUUCAAAAGAGACUUAAAGGUAACUUAUCAACCAGAUUCAAAGUGUGGAACAUUCUUGAGUCCAGACUUGGAACAAAUAACUGAACAGAUAUUUUGAGGAAAUCAUGAAAAAUUGAACAUGGAUUGGGUAUUAGAUACUAAUUAAUUUUGUUAAUUUGGUUGGAUGUGGUAAAGAGACUGCAUAUGUCCUGGUGCACAUGCCUGGGGUGGGAGGGGGAGGGGAGCCAACCCCGGGCUUGGUAGCAUUCUCAGGGGUGUGCUUUGAGAAAGCCCCCUCCCUUGAGCACUGUGGGAAGAAGGUUUAUUGCCCCUGCAAAGACAAAAGACCCUGAAGGCGCCAGCCAGAGGCCCUUUGUCAACUGAGCAGAGUGCUAUUUCAGAACUGGGUGUCCACAUGGAGCAGGAUCCUUUAAGACAUUGGGUUUUGGAUCCCAGUCGAGCACUGGGGAGUCAGGGGAGACUGUAGAGCAGGGCAAAUCGGCCACUGAAGUCUGUGCUGCUCUGUCAGGGCAGCAUAAACAGUGUGGUUUGGGACACCUGGUAGGAGGAGAGAUUGGGGUGUCGCCAUUUUCCUCCACAUCACUAACACAGUGGGGCUUCAGGGAGCAGCACAGCCACCUCCAGUGGAGGUGGGACCCACUUACACCAAACGUUGCCCUUCCGAGGCCGGGAACUGCUUAUUUACCAGGGUGAGAUUGACACUCACUGAACUAGUUGGUCCCUCCUCCAGACCAGCACAACCACUGUUUCCAAGGCACCAACAGACAACUGUCCUGCAGUUUUGUAUGUUAGUCUGUUUUUUUUUCUUUUUAAAUUAUUAUUAUUACUACUUCUUCUCUUUUCCCUGCAUUACCUUUCUACUCUCCUUCCCCCCGACCCCCACCUUGGAAUCAGCCUUAUAGUUUCUGAUUUGAUUUUUGGUCAAUACUUAUAUAUUUUUCCUUUUUUUUUUUUUUUUUUUUUAAUUUCUGUUCUGGUUGUUUAAUCCGGCAUUUUUACUCUAUCCUUUUUUUUACCUUUUCUGUAUCUCCUUUAUUUUCCUCUCUGUCUUUCUGGAUUAAGCCCAAUAGUUUCUUUGAUUCUCUCUGCCUGGUCUUUUUUCCCUCCCCUAUCAUUUUGCUCUUUGUUUAGGGUAAGGUUUCUUCCCCCCCCCCCCAACUCCUCCUAUUUUCCAGGGUUACCUCAGUGAACAAAUCAAAGCACACCUGGUGGACAGUCCAAUCCACCACUAUGAGUAGUUAGAUAAAGCAGCCAAGACACAAUAAUAGAGUGCAUGUAACACACUCCAAAAACACCUCCUAAAGUGCCAGGCCCUGAACAGUGUAUGACCCCCCCCCCUUUUUUUUUUAAAGAUUUAAAAAAAA